AUGACACUUCAACCAACCCCCCAUCUUCCCGCUCCCCUCGCAGUCCCCUCAACCUGCAAACAUAUCAAUCACUUAAGCAACGCACUCACCAACUGCAACACGUACCACUGCCGCUCCCAGUCCCCUCAGCCUGCGAACUAUCAAUCACUCAAGCAACGAAGUCACCAACCACUCAUCAACACGCACCGCAGCAAGGGCACUGACCGUCUCCCAUCGGCGCUACGGUAG